GUGUGAUUGAAUUCGAGGCCAAUUUUUUUCCAAAAAGAGAAAAAAAGGUCGGGUCAGAAUCGACACGGCGGCUUCGGUAGGCCCGGCGGCGUGAAUAGGACAAAGUCUUCUCUUUGUUUAUUUCUACAAAACUAACAACUCCCUCCAAUUUUCUCUGCUCAGUUCUUUCUCUCCUCCUCCUCCUUCCAGCCAGUCCAGUCAACCCCUCUUUUUCUCUUCAUUCAAACACACAUUCCCAUGUAAUAUAAACAAAAACAAUAUUCGUUUUUCAAAAAAGAAAAAAAAUCCAUUACAAUGAUCUGAUAGAGAUUGUUUGAGCUUCUCCACAUGGCGUCCCAAAUCAUUGAAGGAGUGGAGAAGGAUCUGGAGAAGGGAAUGGUGAAGAAUUGUAGGUCUGGCCCUAACCUUCGAGCAGGAAUAUCGACAUUACCUUCUCUGGUGUCAACGCCAAGGGAAACAUGGCUUAAUCGUCUCUCAGAAGGGUCGCCAUUACCUUCUCCGGUAUCAACGCCAAAGCCGCAUCUGGUGCUAUCCAAUUCCGGCAAGGCUUUGCUCGUGUCGUCUUCUGGCAAGUGUCUGGUUGUUUCUAAUUCCGGUAAGCGGUUUGAUAAAAAGAAGUACGUGAAGCAAGUGACUGGCCGCCACCAUGACACUGAGCUGCACCUGGCAGCACAACGUGGGGAUUUGGCCGCCGUGAAGCAAAUUAUCAGUGAAAUUGACGAGCAGAUGAUGGGGACACUAAGUGGAGCUGACUUUGAUGCUGAGGUGGCUGAGAUAAGGUCAGCUAUAGUGAAUGAGGUGAAUGAAUUAGGAGAAACAGCAUUGUUCACAGCGGCUGAGAAGGGCCAUUUGGAGGUGGUGCAGGAGCUAUUGCAGUAUACGACUAAUGAAGCCCUUUCAUUGAAGAAUCGGUCUGGGUUUAGUCCUUUGCAUGUUGCUGCGAAUCAAGGUCAUCAAGCCAUUGUGCAGGUUCUAUUACAGCAUGACCCCUCACUAAGCAAAACGGUUGGCCAAUCAAAUGCAACUCCUCUUAUAUCUGCUGCUGCUAGAGGGCAUACCGCAGUAGUUCAUGAAUUGCUGUCAAAAGAUUCUGGUUUACUAGAGAUAUCUAGAUCCAAUGGAAAAAAUGCAUUGCAUCUAGCAGCUCGCCAAGGGUAUGUGGAAAUUGUGAAGGCGUUGCUCAACAAGGAUCCGCAGUUGGCCCGUAGGACUGAUAAGAAAGGGCAGACUGCAUUGCAUAUGGCUGUCAAAGGAGUGAGCUCUGCAGUGGUGAAACUGCUUCUUCAGGCAGAUGCAGCUAUUGUCAUGCUUCCAGACAGAUUUGGCAACACAGCAUUACAUGUAGCCACGAGAAAGAAAAGAGCAGAGAUAGUGCGAGAGCUGUUGCUUCUUCCUGACACUAAUGUGAAUGCACUAACAAGGGAUCAUAAAACAGCUCUUGAUAUAGCUGAGGGACUCCCUUUCUCUGAAGAAAUCUCUGAGAUAAAGGAUUGUUUGACUCAUUAUGGCGCAGUCAAAGCAAAUGAACUUAAUCAGCCACGAGAUGAACUUCGGAGAACUGUUACACAAAUAAAGAAAGAUGUCCACUUCCAGCUUGAACAAACUCGUAAAACAAACAGAAAUGUGAGUGGCAUUGCCAAAGAGCUCCGCAAGCUGCACCGGGAAGGAAUCAACAACGCCACCAACUCAGUAACAGUAGUUGCUGUACUUUUUGCAACUGUUGCCUUUGCCGCUAUUUUUACAGUUCCUGGUGGUGAUGAUGAAACUGGAAUGGCUGUGAUGGUUAGUAGUCCAUCAUUUCAAAUAUUCUUUAUUUUUAAUGCCAUUGCUCUUUUCACAUCUCUUGCUGUUGUGGUUGUACAAAUCACAAUUGUUAGAGGGGAAACAAAAGCAGAAAGGCGUGUCAUCGAGGUGAUCAAUAAGUUAAUGUGGUUGGCAUCAGUCUGCACUACAGUGGCAUUUAUUUCAUCAUCUUAUAUAGUUGUUGGUAGGCACAACAUAUGGGCUGCAAUUUUUGUUACUGUUGUUGGGGGAGUGAUAAUGGCAGGAGUUCUUGGUGUUAUGACUUACUAUGUAAUGAAGUCGAGAAGGAAACGGAAAGUGAGGAAGAAAGAGAAACACUCUCGGAGCACUGGAAAUAGCUCGUUUUAUGCAUCGGAGUCUGAAUCAGAAGUGAACACAAUUUAUGCAAUAUGAUGUUAAAAGGGGGAAGUGAUAGCAGCUUGUAUUAUAAAGCAAUACUUCUGAUGAGGUAACAAUGCAAAUAGGUUUGAUUGAUUGAAUGAAUGAAUGAAUGUGUAAUACAAAUUCAAGCAGAACUUCACUUACUCAUCUUCAUGCAUAUAUCAAAUGAAAGUAAUGUUGUGAUUCUUGUAAUUGUAUCUGUGUAUGCAUAAAUUUGUGCUUGUAAAACUUAUUUAGGUCUCCAUACAUGUAAUGAGCUAUUUGAAAUUGGUGAAGGUUAGUUAA